GACACCGCACUGCUAGUUGUUUCGAAAAUGAAACUGGCUCGUGUUUGACUUUAAGAGUGAAGGAAGAGAAAACGAAAAUAAUACACUUCUCAGAUAAAAUUUUGGAGGAUUCACUGUCUUAGACCGACCCAGAGGAACAAUACCGUCAGGACUUCAUGCUGCAGGAUUGGAGAGGUGACAUAUUUUUGGUGAGGGAGCUGGGAAUGUUGAGCAGCCACCAGAGAUGGUUUGGACACUUAUUACUUGGAUGGAUCUCCUUUCUUCCUAAUCUCUCCAGUCUGUAGCAGUGGCUGCUCUUUGAGUCUGAAGCUGCUGUCACUAUGGCGCACUUUGACACCGAGUACCAGCGCCUGGAAGCGUCCUACAGUGAUUCUCCCCCUGGAGAGGAGAACCUGCUGAUGCAUGUGCCUGAAGGAACCAAAUCCCAGUGGCACCACAUAGAAAAUCUGGACCUGUUUUUCCAGAGAGUCUAUAAUCUUCACCAGAAGAAUGGAUUCACCUGCAUGCUGUUGGGAGAGAUUUUUGAGCUAAUUCAACUGCUGUUUGUGGUUGGUUUUACGGUGUUUUUAGCUAACUGUGUGGAUUAUGACGUCCUCUUUGCCAACAAGUUUGUAAACCAUACUGAUUCAUCUAAAGUCACCUUGCCUGAUGCAUUCCUGCCGAUGGAUGUCUGUAGUGCCCGUAUCCGAGACAAUGCUUUUGUGAUCUUUGUUCUGAUAAUUUCUGGGGUGUUUUGGCUACAUCGCUUGGUGAAAUUUAUCUACAAUGUCUGCUGUUACUGGGAAAUCCGAUCCUUCUACAUCAAUGCCCUCAAGAUGACCAUGUCAGAGCUUCCCUAUGCAACAUGGCAGGAAGUUCAGGCCAGGAUAAUUGAGAUACAAAAGGAACACCAGAUCUGCAUUCAUAAAAAAGAACUGACAGAACUUGAUAUUUACCACCGCAUCCUCCGCUUUAAAAACUACAUGGUUGCCAUGGUGAAUAAAUCACUCCUUCCUGUUCGUUUUCGGCUUCCUGUACUCGGAGAGAGUGUGUUUUACACCCGGGGUCUCAAAUACAACUUUGAGCUCAUCUUCUUUUGGGGACCAGGCUCUCUAUUUGAGAAUGAGUGGAGUCUGAAACCGGAGUAUAAGAGAGGAGGUAACAGGCUUGAACUUGCAGACAGACUUGCAUCUCGUAUCCUGUGGAUUGGCAUUGCCAACCUGCUGUUGUGUCCGGUCAUUCUUGUGUGGCAGAUUCUUUAUGCCUUCUUCAGUUACACCGAGGUGAUAAAGCGAGAACCUGGUUCUCUAGGGGCAAGAUGUUGGUCUCUCUAUGGUCGAUGUUAUCUGCGUCAUUUCAAUGAGCUGGACCACGAACUCAUGUCACGCCUCAGCAAAGGCUAUAAGGCUGCAUCCAAGUAUAUGAACUGUUUUCUUUCACCACUGCUGACAGUGGUUGCAAAAAAUGUAGCAUUUUUUGCUGGGUCUCUUCUGGCUGUUCUCAUUGCCCUGACAAUCUAUGACGAAGACGUACUCGCAGUGGAACAUGUUCUCUCAUCAAUAACUCUGCUGGGAGUGUGUAUCACAUUGUGUAGGUCAUUUAUUCCUGAUAAGCACAUGGUGUUUUGUCCUGAGCAGCUUUUGCGGGUUGUCCUGGCUCACAUCCAUUACAUGCCUGAUCACUGGCAGGGCAACGCACAUAGAUAUGAGACCCGGGACCAGUUCUCGCAGCUCUUUCAGUACAAAGCAGUGUUUAUUCUAGAGGAGCUACUAAGUCCAGUAGUGACUCCCAUCAUCCUCAUAUUCUGUCUGAGGAGGAAGUCUCUGGAGAUCAUUGAUUUCUUCAGGAACUUCACUGUAGAGGUGGUCGGAGUUGGAGACACUUGCUCUUUUGCGCAGAUGGACAUCAGGCAGCAUGGACAUCCAGCGUGGAUGUCAGAGGGGAAGACAGAGGCAUCUAUCUACCAACAGGCAGAGGACGGGAAAACAGAGUUGUCACUGAUGCACUUUGCUAUAACCAACCCCCACUGGCAGCCUCCUCUGGAAACCACUCACUUCAUCAGUCAGUUAAAAGAAAGAGUUCACAGAGAGGCUACAGGGGCUCCUUCUGAUACACAUCCGCUCUCCUUGUCAGAGUCUGAACCAAGAAGUCUUGUUGCAAACCUCUUGGCAGGGCCCUCCACACUGGCUUCUGUUCAUUUUGGUCGUGACGGCUCUUUAACCAACCAUGCAGCAACUGGCAUAAGCGAUGGCGCGUCUGCCUUGCGCUCGCUUUCCCCAAUUAGCAGCAGUCUUCACUUGAGAGGCAGUUUGAGUGCCAUUCAUAGAGCCAGUGGUCUCACUAGCAAAGCAAUGGCAGGGUCUGGGACCGAUGCCCGGACUGUGAGCUCAGGCAGCAGUGCAUGGGAGGGUCAGCUUACCAGUUUGGUCCUCUCAGAGUAUGCAUCCACUGAAAUGAGCAUCCACGCACUUUACAUGCAUGAGCUCCAUAAACAGCAGUCUCGCACAGAGCUGUCUCGUCACACAUGGCACAGACGGGAGAGCGAUGAAAGCAGUGACAGUAUUCCAGAUGAAGUAAGGAGUGAACCCAACCCUCACUCAAAAAACUUCCCACGCUCACACACUUUCCCCACCACAAUGGCCAGUCCUAGUUCCGUUCCCACUUCCAACUCAGCCACUAAUAAUACCCCCAUGGGACAGGAGGGGGCAAAGUCACACAGCAGCAGCCAGCGGCGCCACAGUGGACCUGCCACAGACCAUUUUGGCUCAGGAGGUAAAGUAGCAAAGUCAGUCCGUGUGCCCAUGGGUGGAUGGGCAGAGGAUGGUCCAACAGCACCAAGACACCAUGAGCCUCUGCCAGAAGAGAGUUCAGAGGAUGAAAUGCCUCCUCGUAUACACAAGGUCACAUAAGCAGGCCAUGUGAUUAAAUAUCUGCGGUCUAGCUUCCACAGAUAAUCAAACACAUCCUCAUCCUUGUCUGAACCUUUUCCCUGGACACACCUUUUCUUCACACAUAAAGAUGGGAAUGUGAAUGGGGAGUUAACCAUAAUCCUUUAAAUAACAAGAAAGUUCCAAUUUGAACAUUUUGACAGAUUUGACUUAUGGCAUCCAUAUCAAAGUAAGUAGCUUUUCUGCCGGCCUAAACAGAGUAGACAUUGGCCCAUCAGAAGAGGACCUACAGGAUCAAGUUAUUUCUUAAAGCCUCAGAUAACCUCAGACCACAUUUAAACAUUUUAUGUCAAAUAUUACAAGAGGAAAGUAAAUGUUUUGUUGCAACAUGAAGGCAAUUGUGAACACUCAGCAUUGCUAGAAGCACCCUCUGUGUGUUGCCGUUAUCCAGAAUUAAUCAGAGGAGAGGUUUCUGAUAAUUAAAGCAUUUGCCAAAGGGGGUUAAGAAGGAUGCUUGUAUCACACAGACAUUGUUUGCGUAUUUGUUCUUUUAAUAAAAAUCAGGAGGGUGUGUAUUAUACUUUGUGCAUUGUAUGUCAGCUUGCAUUUUGCCUCUUGGCUAAAUAUAUGAGGGUAUGUGAAGUCCAACUGACACUUUCUAAUGACCGUUUUUUAAUCUGAAUUUAUUGCUUUACAAGUGAAUUUUCUAAGUGUUCUGAAAUUUUACCCAAAAUCUAGCUCAGUUUGCAGAGAUGUGUGUUUAAAAGAUAAAUUAUACAGAGCUGCUGUAAACUGCAUGCACACAUGCACUGUGUAGAGUUAUCUGCAAACUGUAACAUUGAAUCGGUCAGUCAUACAUUUGUAAGACCAGCAUAUAAUUUAGUCAGCGAUGCUGUAUGUAAGCUGAUUUUAAUCUGUCACCAAACUAUUUUUUUUUCUUUCUUUGAUCAUUCAUUCAUUUCCAAAAUUUGCCUAAAGACUUUUCUGUUAACAAAACGGCUGUUAAAAGCAUGCGAUAUUUACUUUUUCUUCCAUAAAAAGAGGCCUCAAAUGCAAGUGCAUGAACAUUAUCUGCUCACUUCGAGUUAAACCAGAUCACCCAUUUACCGCAUCCUGUCUAAUCAGCAUGACUUUUUUUUGUUAAAUCAAGAUAUGCACUUUAAUAAUUUCUCACUGCAGAAGGUGUCACAUAACUUCGAUUGUAUAUUUUCUUAUACAUAUUUUUAAGUUAUUUUAUUUAUCCAAUGGAUGUGCCAUGGUGAUCGACAGCAGGGAAUCGUGAUUUAUGUGUGCACUUGGUUUGGGACCGAGACGCUAUCAUCCUACUGAACGGUUAUGUGGAUAAAGGGACGGUGAUUCGGUGCAGUAAAACAGUGAUUGCUGUCGAUUUUGUUUUGAUAGAUCCUGUGUAAUGCCAUUUUGUACAGUUGUAAUUUCAUCUAUUAAAGACACGGCAACUA